CAAAGAAAUGGCUUACAAUAAGGGAAUCGCUGUUAACCCACAUGAGGAGAGAGAAAAUGCAGAUGAAUUAAGACUGGCCGUGAGAGAAGUUAUCUGUGAAAAUAAAGGAGAACGCAAGUUAUAUGAAGAUGCUCUGAUUGCCAUCACAGUUGAUGAGUCUCUAAAACGUUACUGCCAGCGCAUUUUGAGGCCUGAUUUCUGGGGAGGAGAGUCAGAGCUACUGGUGCUCUCAAAAUUGUGCAAGCAGCCAAUUAUUGUUUACAUACCAGAGCAUGAGCAUAGGGGGAGUGGAUGGGGAUCUGGUUUCAUUGCCAUUGCGGAAUAUGGAAGUGAUUUUAAGAAGAAAACAAGGAACUCGAAACCCAAGAAAGUUGUGAGGCUAUUAUACAGCGGUAAGAACCAUUAUGAUCUUCUCUGUUGAGGAAUAAUUGCAUAGAUGAAUGGGGCGAAAGGAAAAUUGGUGCAUGAUUCAGAUUUUAUUUUGUACUCUUUCCUUUUAGAUAUUGUAGAGUAGGAUUUCAUGUGGCUUUGACCUUAACAGUAAUAGAAACACUGUGAAUUGUCAUAUUCUCAUUCUCUUUUACCUUUGACUCUUGAACGGUACAUGCAAAUGAGGAGUAGCUAGUGUUCUUCAUUCGUGAUGUCUUCCGAUUAAACACACGUAUGGACCUCAAAUGAUUGAUUAUAAACAAUUGUACUUAUCGUAUCA